CUGGUAUAGCCAAGCCAAUUGCGACUUCUCCUAUCCAUCAGUAAUUGAGAAAAAGCAAUUGAAUUCAGCAAUGGAUUGUGCUGUUGUAACUUCACUACUAGGAAUAGUAGAGCAACUUCUUCUUCAGAAACCCCCACAUAAUAAUAAUAAUAAUCUUCCUGAUGAUGCUCAAAUCAUCCUAUCCACCUUAAAGGACAAGCUCCAUUUCCUACAGGUCUAUCUUGACAAACCUAAGCCCAAAAUUACCUCCGAGGCAUUGAAAAGGCUGGAUGAAGAAAUCAGAGGUGUUGCAAUCAAAGCAGAAGAUGAAAUCGAAUCCGAUCGCGAUGAGGCAGUGAAAAGUCUGGAUGAGGAAAUCAGAGAUGCUGCAAUGAAAGCAGAAGAUGAAAUCGAGUCCAAACUGGGUGAAUUUUACCAGGUGCAGGGUGAGGGUGAGGGAAUAGCAGUAAAGGCUUGUGAAGAUCUUCAUCGGAGCUUGCAGCAAGUAGUUAAGGAUUUUGAGUGUGUUGAAGUGCGCAUCAGAGAUCAUCUGCAGCAGCAGCAAAUAACACUACAUACCUCCUCCUCCUCCUCUAAGUAUGAUUUAGAGUAUAUAACGGUAGGAGCCGAACGUGAUAUUGAGCGAUUAAAAGACAUGCUCCUCAUUCAAUCAUCUUCCUCCACACAACAACUACAAGUGGUUUCGAUUUGCGGAACGCCAGGCACCGGAAAGACUACUUUGGCUAAAAGAGCUUAUGAAGAUCCAUUAAUUGUGUCUCACUUUGACAUUCGAGCAUGGACGGUUGCAUCUCGACUAUACACUAGGAGAAAGCUACUCAUUGACAUUUUAGGUUGUAUUGCGUCAUUCACAACCGAAAUCUCCAACAAAGACGAUGACCAGCUAGCCGAACAACUCUGCAACAUUCUGACGGGCCAAAGGUAUUUGAUUGUCAUCGAUAACCUUAGGCGGAAAACAGAGGUAUGGGAUGAAUUGAAAGCAUCUUUUCCACCCAAUAGUAAUGGAAGCCGAGUUCUGAUAACUACUGCAGAUCAGAGAGUGGCUCGUUCUCUUAGCUCACAUAACUGUAUAAUCGGAACACUUGUUCUGAAUACAGAAGAAAGCUGGAAUUUAUUAAGCAAAACUGCGUUUAAUGGAAAAUGUUGUCCGUCCCGAGAAAUUGAGUUAAUAGGAAGGCGCAUUGCUAUGAUAUGUAAGGGAGUACCACUGGUAACUGUUUUGGUUGGUGGACUUCUGGCCACCCUCAACAACUCACCAAAGCAGUGGGAGGAUUUUGAAACACACUUCAACAAUACAUCAUUCAGCGUUCUUGCUCACCUCUUCUGGUACACAAUUGAAUUUUGCUACAACUAUUUGCCCAGUUACCUAAAAGCUUGUUUUCUUUAUUUGGGAGGUUUUCCUGAGGGUACUGAAUUUCACGUGAAAAAGUUGAUAAAGUUAUGGAUAGCUGAAGGGUUUUUAAAAUCAGAGAUGAACAAAAGUUCUGAAGAGAUAGCUGAGGAUUAUUUAUGUGAUCUUAUGAACAGAAGGCUAGUUCAAGUGCACAAGAGGAGUUUGGAUGGAAAAAUCAAGUCUUAUAUGCUUCAUGAUUCAUUAUAUAAUUUUUGCUUCCAAAAAUUAUAUGGUUAUGACGAGUACAUUAUGAGAUGUAAGGGGAAAUAUAAUGAUUUUCUUGGCGGCCAUCGUUGGGUAAGUAUUCAAAAUAGUUGUUGGCCAAUUACUCCAAAUAAUUUGAUGAACUCUUCAUUUAAAAUUCGUUCUGUUCUUUAUUUUGGUGAAGAUUUAUAUCUUGCAAAGUGUUGGUUGAUAUUCUCACCUUUGAAGUUGUUAAGAGUAUUGGAUUUCUCACUAUUAAAAUAUUGGCAUGGCAUGCCUAGUGAGAUUGUAGAUUUGGUUCAUUUAAGAUAUUUAGCUUUAAGAACGAUAGGUUCUCUUUAUAACUUUCAAUGGUUCAAGCUCCAACAGUUACAAACUCUCAUUCUCUCAUCGUGGGCAAAAGAGUGUCAAUUACAAUUGCCAUGUAAUGUUUUGGAUUUGCCAUGGUUAAGACAUGUGCACUAUAACAAAGGAUGUUCAUCAUAUCUCCCAAACAUGGUUCAAGAAAACUUACAAACUCUUUCUUGGUUCAAAGUUACCGACAAGGACUCAAGAACAACAAACUUUACAAAAGUUCCAAACCUGAAAGAGUUGGGGAUAUACAUUGAAGGUGAAGUAUUGCCUAAUGCUCUUGACAGCCUUGCUCAGUUAUGUCAACUUGAGAAGUUAAAGGUUAAAAUGGGAAGGGUAGAGCGGUUUAAUCUCCCAAAUUCUUUUCCACCAAAUCUCAAGCAAUUGACUUUUAGUAAUACGCAUCUUUCAUGGGAAGAUAUGGACAUUAUUGGCAAGUUACCCAAGCUUGAUUUACUCAAAUUGAAAGAUUUUGCCUUUUGCGGCCCAGAGUGGACACCCAAGGAUGGGGAGUUUCUACAACUACGGUUCUUCCUUAUUGAGCGCUCGGAUCUCGAACAUUGGAAUGCAAAUGCAAACCAUUUCCCCGCUUUGGAGAGUCUAAUUCUAAGAUAUUGUUGGGACUUGGAAAAACUUCCAAAUGAGUUUAUGGAGGUUUGUACAUUGCGAUUAAUUGAGUUAGGGAAUUGUUGUUCUUCUCUUGUCACCUCAGCAAGGGAGAUCCAACAAGCGCAGCGAGAAUUAUUGGGAUACGAAGGACUUAUUGUUCGUGAUGCAACUAAGGUUGAGCUGCCAACCAAUGAAUGCUCAGGUAAAAAGGUUUGAGUCUGCAAUUUGGUGAUUUUGUGAUUGCGCUAAUCUGGUUUAGGCAAGGGAAUCAUAAACAAGUUACAGUGAUGCAUUAGCUUCCCAAAAAUGCAUCCUGGUUGGCUGAAGUUGUGGUCUGCUCAUUUGCUUGUCUGUUAGUACAAGGAUGUUUCAUUGGGUUGAUGUUGGAGUUCAUCCUCCAUAAUAAGUGAUAGUCUGUCUAUUACUAGAUUGUGAGAUUCAUUGAAGUGUUAGUGUAAAUUAAAUAUGAUUUGGUCUUUGGUUGAGAAGUUAGUUCUGAACUUUAUUGUCUAAACUAUGAUUCAUUGGGCUUGUAUGUCUGUUAUCACAAUGAUGUUUCAUUUGGUUCUUUGAGUUGCUCUUGGAGUUCAAUGUUGUUUGGUUGUUUACGUUGAACUGUUAUUGUCUUAAAACAAUAGUUCAUUGUAAUGUUAAUGUUGUAUUGUGAAGUUUCA